GUCCAUUAGUCCAAAGCCUCUUUGAUAUUGUUUGUUGGUAAAAGGAAUCGAAAGCAAAGCAAAGAAGACAACAAUGAUGUGCUAGCUAGUGUUUUUUGUUGGCCUUGAUAUUGAAAAGAACAAGCAGUGAUCUGCAGCAGCUGACAGAAGAGGACAGGAGCUAACUAUAGCUAGUUUUGGUGGCAUACAGUCAUUUCCUUCUUCUUCAUAAUCGAUCUCAGAGACUCAUCACCUUCAUUCUCCAUCAAUCCCAUGGCUGGCACAGCAAGAAAGAGACUCGGCAACUCAUGCAUUCUUCUCAUAAUGAUUUCUGGUAUGGAAAGAUUUGCAUACAAAGGAGUGGCAUCCAAUCUGAUAACUUAUCUAACGGAUGUAGUAAAGAUGAGCAACUCUUCUGCGGCGAAGACGGUGAACAGUUGGUGCGGAUUCACAUCCAUGGUUCCACUCUUGAUUGCACCCUUUGCUGAUUCUUACUGGGAUAGAUAUUACACCAUUGUAGCUUCUUCUCUUGUCUAUGUUGCCGGGCUUGUGGCAUUGACAUCAACAGCAAUAAUGUCCCGGGCAUCCACGGAUCAAGCAAACAAAACAAGUUCAUCUUCAUUUCUGUUUUGGUCAUUGUAUUUGAUUUCUCUUGGUCAAGGUGGGUAUAAUCCAUCUUUACAAGCUUUCGGAGCAGAUCAACUUGACAGUGAAGAGGAAGAGUUGCCUACUAGCGAAGAUGACAAAAAACCCAACAAAAAGAGUUUGUUCUUUCAAUGGUGGUACUUUGGUGUUUGUAGUGGCACCGUCUUGGGUAUCAGUGUUAUGUCCUACAUUCAAGAUAAUUUUGGUUGGAUACUAGGUUUUGCUAUUCCCAUGAUUUCUAUGGUCACAUCAGUCGUAGUUUUCUCGUGUGGAAGCCGAAUUUAUACAUAUAAACAGAGGAAUGAUGAUUACAAGCCUGUUGUGAGCAUCCUUCAAGUUAUUAAGGCAGCUGCAUGGAAAUUACUGAAUUGCAAAGUCAAGUUGCCCAAUGAAAAUAAAGUUACUGAGCUAGAGCUUCAAGGGAAACCGCUCUGUCUUCGGAACUUUGGCAGCAAUGAAGGCUUGAACAAUGAACAUCCCAAAAGCAGCGUCUACAAGUUCGAAAACGCAAAAGUUAUUCUUAGGCUUUUGCCCAUUUGGCUAAUGCUGUUAAUGUUUGCAGUGAUUUUCCAGCAACCUUCGACAUUCUUCACCAAACAAGGCAUGACAAUGAAGAGGAACAUUGGAAGCAAUUUUCUGAUUCCACCGGCAACACUACAAAGUGCUAUUGCACUUUCUAUAGUCCUAUUGAUGCCUCUUUAUGACAAAGUUUUGAUCCCAAUUACUAAGGUCCUGACUUGUAACGAAAAGGGUAUCACCGUAAUGCAAAGGAUGGGAAUCGGGAUAUUCACUUCGGUCAUAGCACUGAUCAUUGCAGCAAUUGUGGAGACAAGAAGGCUCCAUAUCAGCAGAAAGAUGGAAAUGCUAGGAUCUCAAUCUGAGACAGUUCCACUUAGCAUAUUCUGGUUGCUGCCACAAUACAUUCUUCUAGGAAUUUCAGACAUUUUCACUGUGGUUGGGAUGCAAGAGUUCUUCUACUCUGAAUUUCCCAUUAAAAUGAGAACAAUGGCCUUUGCACUAUACACCAGUGUUUUUGGGGUUGGGAGUUACUUGAGUGCCUUUUUGAUAUCCACAGUUGAGACCAUCACAAGUUCAAAUGGAAAUAAGAGCUGGUUCUGUGAUGAUAUGAGUGAAGCUAGGCUAGACAAGUACUACUGGUUUUUAGCAGCAUCAAGUGCACUGAGCUUUCUGUUUUUUGUGAUUAUUUCAUCAUGUUACACAAGUAAAAGGGAUUUGGACUUGGACAGUAAUGAAAGUUGUAAAUAAGCUAGCUGGUUGUUUUGAGUUCAUGAGUUAGUUUCAAUGUACAAAGAGUGCAUUUUGUUAUUCAAGAUUCAAAGUUCAAAUAAAUUAGUAUAUCCAUACCAUGCCUUCUCUAUGGAUAUUUAACUUAUUUACUGC